AGACGGAGUCUCACUCUGUCACCCAGGCUGGCGUCAGUGGCGCUAUCUUGGCUCACUGCAACCUCCGCUUCCUGGGUUCAAGCAAUUCUCCUGCCUCAGCCUUCUGAGUAGUUGGGAUUACAGGAGUUGGCAUCGUUUGGAAGAGUUCGUGAAACCUUUCUGCCCAGAGCUCCUGGACCAAUGCGUCUUCCCACCACCUUAAACCACUGAGCAGUUCAGAGCCCCAGUUGCAGACGACUUGUCCUGCCACCACCAUGAGCUCUGAAUGUGAUGGUGGUUCCAAAGCUGUGGUGAAUGGCUUGGCACCUGGCAGCAAUGGUCAAGACAAAGCAACUGCCGACCCUUUACGUGCACGCUCUAUUUCUGCUGUUAAAAUCAUUCCUGUGAAGACAGUGAAAAACGCCCCAGGCCUAGUUCUCCCUACAGACAUGGAUCCUACAAAAAUCUGCACUGGGAAGGGAGCGGUGACUCUCCGGGCCUCGUCUUCCUACAGGGAAACCCCAAGCAGUAGCCCUGUGAGCCCUCAGGAAACCCCGCAACACGAAAGCAAACCAGGUCUGGAGCCAGAGCCUUCUUCAGCAGAUGAGUGGAGGCUUUCUUCCAGUGCUGAUGCCAAUGGAAAUGCCCAGCCAUCUUCACUUGCUGCCAAGGGCUACAGGAGUGUGCAUCCCAAUCUUCCUUCCGACAAGUCCCAGGAUGCCACUUCCUCCAGUGCAGCCCAGCCGGAGGUAAUAGUUGUCCCUCUCUACCUGGUUAAUACUGACAGAGGGCAAGAAGGCACUGCCAGACCUCCAGCACCUCUGGGGCCUCUUGGCUGCGUCCCCACAAUCCCAGCGACCGCCUCUGCCGCCUCACCUCUGACCUUCCCGACUCUAGAUGAUUUCAUUCCCCCUCAUCUGCAGAGGUGGUCCCACCACAGCCAGCCAGCCCGCGCCUCUGGCUCCUUUGCCCCCAUUAGCCAGACGCCACCAUCCUUCUCACCACCACCUCCACUGGUCCCUCCUGCCCCGGAGGACCUCCGCAGAGUCUCGGAGCCUGACCUCACGGGAGCUGUUUCGAGUACCGAUUCCAGUCCUCUACUAAACGAAGUUUCUUCUUCCCUUAUUGGAACUGAUUCCCAAGCCUUUCCACCAGUUAGCAAGCCUUCGUCCGCCUAUCCCUCCACCACGAUUGUCAAUCCGACUAUUGUGCUCUUGCAGCACAAUCGAGAACAGCAAAAACGACUCAGUAGCCUUUCAGAUCCUGUCUCAGAAAGAAGAGUGGGAGAGCAGGACUCAGCACCAACCCAGGAAAAACCCACCUCACCUGGCAGGGCUGCUGAAAAAAGAGCAAAGGAUGACAGUAGGCGGGUGGUGAAGAGCGCUCAGGACCUAAGCGAUGUUUCCAUGGAUGAAGUGGGCAUCCCACUCCGGAACACUGAGAGAUCAAAAGACUGGUACAAGACUAUGUUUAAACAGAUCCACAAACUAAACAGAGACACUCCUGAAGAAAACCCUUAUUUCCCUACGUACAAAUUCCCUGAACUUCCUGAAAUCCAGCAAACUUCUGAAGAGGACAAUCCUUACACUCCCACCUACCAGUUUCCUGCAUCUACUCCUAGUCCUAAGUCUGAAGAUGAUGAUUCAGAUCUGUACUCUCCCAGAUACUCGUUUUCUGAAGACACAAAAUCUCCCCUUUCUGUGCCUCGCUCAAAAAGUGAGAUGAGCUACAUUGAUGGUGAGAAGGUAGUCAAGAGGUCGGCCACGCUACCCCUCCCAGCCCGCUCUUCCUCACUGAAGUCAAGCCCAGAAAGAAAUGACUGGGAACCCCCAGAUAAGAAAGUAGAUACAAGAAAAUACCGUGCAGAGCCCAAAAGCAUUUACGAAUAUCAGCCGGGCAAGUCUUCCGUUUUGACCAACGAAAAGAUGAGUCGGGAUAUAAGCCCAGAAGAGAUAGAUUUAAAGAAUGAACCUUGGUAUAAAUUCUUUUCGGAAUUGGAGUUUGGGAAACCGCCUCCCAAAAAGAUAUGGGAUUAUACUCCUGGAGACUGCUCUAUCCUUCCUAGAGAGGAUAGAAAGACUAAUCUAGACAAAGAUCUCAGCCUCUGCCAGACAGAGUUAGAGGCAGAUUUAGAAAAAAUGGAGACGCUUAAUAAAGCACCCAGUGCAAACGUGCCACAGAGCUCAGCCAUCAGCCCCACUCCGGAAAUUUCUUCAGAGACUCCUGGAUAUAUAUAUUCUUCCAACUUCCAUGCAGUGAAGAGGGAAUCAGAUGGGGCUCCUGGGGAUCUCACUAGCUUGGAGAAUGAGAGACAAAUUUAUAAAAGUGUCUUGGAAGGUGGCGACAUCCCUCUUCAGGGCCUGAGUGGGCUAAAGCGACCAUCCAGCUCGGCUUCCACUAAAGAUUCAGAAUCGCCAAGACAUUUUAUACCAGCUGAUUACUUGGAAUCCACAGAAGAAUUUAUUCGAAGACGUCAUGAUGAUAAAGAGAAACUUUUAGCGGACCAGAGACGACUUAAGCGCGAGCAAGAAGAGGCUGAUAUUGCAGCUCGACGCCACACAGGCGUCAUUCCGACGCACCAUCAGUUUAUCACUAAUGAGCGCUUUGGGGACCUCCUCAAUAUAGACGAUACCGCCAAAAGGAAAUCUGGGUCAGAGAUGAGACCUGCCAGAGCCAAAUUUGACUUUAAAGCUCAGACACUAAAGGAGCUUCCUCUGCAGAAGGGAGAUAUUGUUUACAUUUAUAAGCAAAUUGAUCAGAACUGGUAUGAAGGAGAACACCACGGCCGGGUGGGAAUCUUCCCACGCACCUAUAUUGAGCUUCUUCCUCCUGCUGAGAAGGCUCAGCCCAAAAAGUUGACACCAGUGCAGGUUUUGGAAUAUGGAGAAGCUAUUGCUAAGUUUAACUUUAAUGGUGAUACACAAGUAGAAAUGUCCUUCAGAAAGGGUGAGAGGAUAACACUGCUCCGGCAGGUAGAUGAGAACUGGUACGAAGGGAGGAUCCCGGGGACAUCUCGACAAGGCAUCUUCCCCAUCACCUACGUGGAUGUGAUCAAGCGGCCACUGGUGAAAAACCCUGUGGAUUACAUGGACCUGCCUUUCUCCGCCUCCCCAAGUCGCAGUGCCACUGCAAGCCCUCAGUUUUCCAGUCACAGCAAGCUCAUCACGCCAGCACCCUCAUCUCUGCCCCACUCCCGCCGAGCCCUGUCCCCCGAGAUGCACGCCGUCACCUCUGAGUGGAUCUCGCUGACUGUGGGGGUCCCAGGCAGGCGUUCUCUGGCCCUGACCCCACCCUUGCCUCCUCUGCCAGAGGCUUCUGUCUAUAACACUGACCACCUUGCCUUGUCACCAAGGGCCAGUCCCUCCCUGUCUCUCAGCCUCCCCCAUUUGAGUUGGUCAGAUCGUCCCACCCCACGAUCAGUAGCUUCUCCACUGGCCCUACCUUCCCCACACAAAACCUACGCCCUAGCACCCGCUUCCCAGGCCUCCCUUCACAUGAAUGGAGACGGUGGUGUCCACAUGCCAUCUUCAGGCAUCCACCAAGAUAGCUUCUCGCAGCUGCCACUGGGGAGCUCUGAUAGUGUCAUCUCCCAGCUUAGUGAUGCCUUUAGCAGCCAGAGCAAGAGGCAGCCAUGGCGCGAAGAGAGUGGACAAUAUGAGAGGAAAGCAGAGAGGGAGGCAGGCCAGAGAGGCCCUGGCGGACCCGAGAUCUCUAAGAAGAGCUGCUUGAAGCCUUCAGACGUGGUCAGGUGCCUGAGUACUGAACACAGACUCUCAGAUCUCAACACCCCUGAGGAGAGCCGGCCCGGCAAGCCCCUGGGUAGCGCUUUUCCAGGAAGUGAGGCUGAGCAGACAGAGCGGCAUAGAGGUGGCGAGCAGGCGGGGAGGAAAGCUGCUCGGAGAGGUGGGAGCCAGCAACCUCAAGCCCAGCAGCGAAGAGUCACCCCCGACAGGAGUCAAACCUCACAAGAUUUAUUUAGCUAUCAAGCAUUAUAUAGCUAUAUACCACAGAAUGAUGAUGAGUUGGAACUCCGCGAUGGAGAUAUCGUUGAUGUCAUGGAAAAAUGUGACGAUGGAUGGUUUGUUGGUACUUCAAGAAGGACAAGGCAGUUUGGUACUUUUCCAGGCAACUAUGUAAAACCUUUGUAUCUAUAAGAAGACUGAAAACCAUGGAGAUUAUUUUUAUUGGAGGAUGAAGCAUCAUUCAUGAACCGAUCUUUUUAGUUGAGUCAGUAGGAAAAUUAAUACAGUGGAUAAAGUAAGAAGCAAAAGACAGGGACAGAGAAGUGUUGUGUUUAAAACCCAAGCCUGUCUAAGGUUACUGUGUAUUAGACAGGGCUGAACUAGUGUGCUGAACAAGAAGAAUUGAGACAAAUUGUAUUUAUUUAGCCGCUUCUGGGAGCCACUCCAGCCUUUCCCCUCCCCUCCACCUCUUGGGUAAUCUGACCUGAAGCAUAGUCUGGGAUCAGAGUUAGCCAGAAAUGCCUCCUCCUGCCCCAGCCUUAGAGAGCUUCCAUCUCAAAGGAAUCAUUGAUCCUGAAGGCUUCAAGCCCAAGGAUGCACCAAGACCCCCAGCCUACAUUUCCCAGCUCCCCUGGAGCCAGCUGAUCCUCUAACUGCUGGAGGUCAGUCUGGGCUGCCAAUACUGUCCCCUAGACAAAGGUGGAGUCCCCCAAACUGCCCCAAGACCAAAUCCCUCACUCAACCUGCUGAGGUGUGGAUGGGGAAACGGAGGCAAAACUUAGGCACCCACUGCAUUCAGCCUGCUGUGUAGCAGUGCCGUUGACUGCCCUGGUGUUCAGACAGAAAAGCACACAAGGUUUGCCCAUGAGAACUGGGGAGCAGAUGGCCAAGCAGAUAGGUUAUGUCUGUUUUCUGAGUGAUGAAGUCAGGAAGCCCUGUGGCUCUGGAGGCCACUUGUGGUUCAUUCUUUUCCCGUAUCCUUGGCUUUUAGAAAUGGUUACCUUCAGGACAGCGCAGCUGCAUUUUUCAGAGCACUGUUGCUAACCUUUCUUUUCUGGCUUGUGUUUGCCUGGGACAGUUUGGAAUUGGGAGGCCUAUUCUCAUAGAAAACCAAAAAUGAUGUUCAUUCAUUCAUUUAACAUACAGCAAUAUACGCUGGCUGCUGGGGGGACAACCAAAAGCAAGACAUGCCCAGGGUUUGCUGUGGCUCCAGAUCUACUCCCUGUAGGAGUUCAAGGAUCACACAAAAUGUAGUAACCAGGGUUGUGAAUCUGAGUACACCCUGGCAAAGCUUCUCUUCAGACUGAAGCAGCAAUUCUGCCACUACCAGCAGCAACCAGGACGUCUGUUCUUUGUGGGGGCCAGAUCAGAAGAGAGAGGCUCCUGUGACACCUGGGGUGCGUGGUCACAGCUCUGUCCAACUCAAGGACGUUUAUCGGCCUCUCUUAGACCCCCGAGUGAGACAAAUGCAGAAAUGACCCAUUCCCUGCCCACCAGGAACUCGAGGUGAUUGGGGAGGCAGACACAGGAAAAUGAACUUAAUCAAGAGAGACUGUGAUAAGUGCUGAGAAGGGCGUGAGGGAGGAAGAGAUGAAUUUUCCCUGGAGGAAUCCUAGAAAGCAUUGUCAUAUUUCCCAUCUCCAUUAGCUCACUUUUAAACAACUAGGGUGCUGGAAGAACCUUUGUCUGAGGGUAGUUCAUAGCUGGAAAUACCUGGAAUAUUUUCCAGAGUCUCCAAACUGUCAUCUUCCCCCACAGAUACACAUCCAAGCUCACAAAUAGGAGUAACAAUUAUAGGCGGUAGGGUUGUAUACAGGAAGCCCUGGCUGUCUGCAUAUAGCUCAGAAUUACCCCAGGACCAUUGUCCCAAAGUCUAGAGUCCUUACAGGUAGGCAAAAUUUGUUUUCAAUGCCUGUGGCUCAGCUGCUGUCACAAAUACCCAUCUUAGGAUCCCACCAGCUUCCCACCCUCCACCAGACAGCCGCAGUACCCUCACUUUCUCCCUAUUGUUCUUUCAAAUCCUGUUCUCAGGAAAGAAACUGCCACUAAUUCAUUCACACUGAAGUGUAAGUGAUUGAUAAUAGGAAUGAGUUACCUCUUCCCACAGACAUUUGUUUUUAAGUAUGACAGAGCAGGGCCUUAAUCCCAAGGGAAAAGGCUAUGGCCCUGGAGGGGGUGAGCUUUCUGGGUAGAAGGAGACGUCCUGAUUUUCCUUAAGACCCAGUAAGAGUAAGACGUAUUGCUUUGGAAGGUCUGCUCCACCAUCUAAGAGCACUGGUUUGUUGUUGUUGUUGUUGUUGUUGUUGUUUUUUUUUUUUUUUUUUUACUGUCUCUGAGGGAAUAUAGUAAAAAUGCAUAUGCACGUGCAAUUUGCACGGCAGCAUUUCACCGAUUUUGGAAUGUAUUGGCUAAUGUAUUUCCUGGUCUUUAGAUGCAAACGAUUAAUAACACUAUCUUAUCUAAUAGUUUUUUGAGGGGUGCUUCUUGAUUAAGUAGGUAAUUUUGAACACCUCUUUAAAUACAGCUAGAAAAUAAAACCAAUUUGUAAAGCCACAUUUGCAUAUGAUGCCAGCCUCACGCAUUUGUAUAUCUCCAGAAAUUCAGGUAUGCCUCACCAAUUUGCCCGUCUUUAAUGAAAUCAUGUGUUAAAAUUUGCAUCACGUCGCCUUCCUAUGUAUGAUGAAACAAGGAACAGAGGUUUCCAAUUGCUCUUUUGUCUUCAGACAUUUAGUAAUAUAAAGUACCUAUUUUUAUGCUGAAAUGUUUAUACAGGUUUAUUAAUAGCAAGUGCUACUAACUGGCGGCAUGCCUUGCAACACAUUUUGAUAUAUUAGCCAUGCUUCCGGGUAAAGGCAAGCCCCAAACUCCUUAUCUUUUGCAGUCUCUCUGGGAUCAGUAAAAGAAAAAAAAAAACAUCAUGUGCUUAGGAAGUGGGACUGUAAAUAUGUAUAUUUAACUUUGUAUAGCCCAUGUACCUACCUUGUAUAGAAAAAUAAUUUUAAAAAUUUGAAUGGAAGGGGGUAAAGUAAGGAAGUCAUGAAGUUUUUUGCAUUUUUAUUUAAAUGAAGGAAUUCCAAAUAACUCACCUACAGAUUUUUAGCACAAAAAUAGCCAUUGUAAAGUGUUAAAAUUUACGAUAAUUAUUCUAUUGGGGAGGGAAGGUAACUAUGAUCUCAGUUAUAGUUUUUUUCCUUUUUAAUUUCAUUAUUUUGGUUUUUUGGUUUUUGCAGUCCUAUUUAUCUGCAGUCAUAUUAAGUCCUAUUGCUAGAAUAGGUUACUACAAAAAAGAUUAUAUUCUGAAAGAAAAAUAACUGACAUAUAUAACCAAUUAAUUUAAAGUAUUGCCAUUUAAAUUACACACUGAGAGCAUGUCCUAUGCAGACAUAGAUUUUUCUGUUCGUUUAUUUUUCUUCAUUGCAGUGGAUUGAUUUGAUAAAUAGAUGUGUUGAAUUACUACAUUUGCUGUACAUAUUAUUUAAUAAACUUUAUUCAGAAUUGCGUGGCA